AUGACGGCAUUCUUCACCAGUGUCCCUAACUGGAUUCAAGAUGCAAAGCAGGAGGAGGAGACAGGCUGGAAACUAGUUCCUAGGCCAAGAGGACGUGAGGCAGAAAGUCAAGUGAAGUGCCAAUGUGAAAUCUCCGGUACCUCCUUCUCAGGUGGGGAGAAGCUGAGAACCCACAGCCUCCCCCACACGGAACAGAGACCAUACAACUGCCCUCAGCUGCACUGUGGCAAGGCCUUUGCAUCCAAGUACAAACUUUAUAGGCAUAUGGCCACUCAUUCAGCCCAGAAGCCCCACCAGUGCAUGUAUUGUGAAAAGAUGUUCCAUCGGAAGGACCAUUUGCGGAAUCACCUGCAGACCCAUGAUCCUCAUAAGGAGGCCCUCCACUGCCCAGAGUGUGGCAAGAACUAUAACACCAAGCUGGGCUAUCGGCGCCACCUGGCUAUGCAUGCUGCCACUAGUGGUGACCUCAGCUGCAAAGUGUGUCUCCAAACCUUUGAAAACACCCAGGUCCUUCUGGAGCACCUGAAAGCUCACUCAAGGAGAGCAUCAGGUGGGGCCAAGGAGAAGAAGCAUCCCUGUGAUCAUUGUGAUCGACGUUUCUACACCAGGAAGGAUGUGAGGAGGCACCUGGUAGUUCACACAGGGCGCAAAGAUUUCCUUUGCCAGUACUGUGCCCAGAGGUUUGGGCGUAAGGACCAUCUAACUCGGCACAUGAAAAAGAGCCACUCACAAGAAUUACUGAAAAUUAAGACAGAACCAGUAGAUAUGUUGGGACUCCUCAGCUGUAGCUCCUCAGUCACAGUGAAAGAAGAGCUGAGCCCAGUUCUGUGCAUGGCAUCCAGGGACAUGAUAGGGGGUAAGACCUUCCCAGGCAUGUUACCUAUGGGCAUGUAUAGCACCCACCUCCCAGCCAUGCCAAGUUCAGGGAUGCCUCAUUCUCUGGUUCACAAUUCCCUGCCAAUGGGAAUGAGUUAUCCUCUGGAAUCUUCCUCACCUAUCUCCUCUCCACCACAACUUCCCCCCAAAUACCAGCUUGGAUCUACCUCAUAUUUGCCGGAGAAACUACCCAAAGCAGAGGUGGAAAGCUUUCUGUCGGAGCUUCCCGGAAGCCUAUCUCUCCCAUCCAGUGAGCCCCAGUCCUCCUCACCUCAGCCAGCCCUUUUGGAUGAAGCCCUGCUUUCCAAGAGCCCUGCCAACCUCUCUGAGGCGCUUUGUGCUGCUAACAUGGACUUUUCUCACCUCCUGGGCUUCCUCCCCCUGAAUCUUCCUCCAUGCAACCCACCGGGGACCACAGGAGGAUUGGUCAUGGGCUACUCACAGGCAGAAACCCAACCACUGCUUACCACUUUGCAGUCUCAACCUCAAGAUGCUCCAGGACCUGGGGGUCCCCUCAACUUUGGGCCCUUACAUUCAUUACCCCCAGUUUUUACCUCUGGCUUGAGCACCACUACUCUGCCACGUUUUCAUCAGGCGUUCCAAUAGGCUGAAAGGAGGCACCAGGCUUGGCCCUCAGGUCGUAAAUCCCAACUCUUAUUUCCUCUUUCUGUUCCCUGUGAAGGCUGCUGAGCUUUCAAAGCUGGGUUCAAGAUGAAAGGAUUCCAGUGUCUGUAUGGAGCACUUGGGUUCAACUUCCCACAGCAGCCUUGAGGUUGCUUGAACCCUAACCCCGUGAAAAGAUUUCAUACAAUAGGACUUCAGGUAUUUUUCGUUUGUUUGUUUUCAAUCUGAAUCAGGAGCCACACUUAGCACGCUCCCUUCCUAAGGCUCGAGAGCUUCAUUUGUCUCUCUGGGGAGAGGGGCUCCUUGGAGAAGCAGGAACAGUGAGGUUUCACCUUGGAUUAUCUCAAGAAAACCAGCUGGAGAGACCCACCUUCCAGUUUGCAUUUGCAGACCCUGUAACAGUCCCUGCUGAUGGAAGAGAGUCUCUGAGAGAUCAGUUCCAGUAACCUGCCUUGGACAGAGUGGGCAGGAGAAAGGGCCUCCUUGUUCCCUUCCCCCAAUGCCCCCCCCCCCCCCCC